ACUCUCCCUCCCUCUCUCCUUCCUUCUGCGCCUGGAGCCCGCUCGCUCGCUAGCUCUGUCCGGAUAAUGAUCUUCAGACUCAGAAGAAUAGAGCAAAAAUGGUUAACAGGGAGUUGAAAACCCAAAUCAGUGAAAAGGAGAAGGAUCAUCACACUUCUGGUGAUGCCACUGGAGGGUCCCUGGACAUGUGCUGCAGUGAGUGGCUAUCUGGUCUCCCCCAACCCGUAGCAAUGGAGGCUGUCGAUGAGAGUGAGGGGCACCCAGACCAGCAGGGGGAAACCGCAUCACCCCCACAGUCCUCGGAGAGAGAAACACAGCCUGCCCAGUGUCCCUGGGGCCAACCUCUGACUGGGGGUGGCAGCAUGUGCUUGUUCGCCGUCUCCCAAUUUUUGCUUGCCUUAGGAGUGCUCUGGCUCAGUGGGUAUAGCUCUGUCGCUCUGCAGGGGGUCAUGGAUCUGGCCUCCUCCUUGCUCACACCAUUGGGACAUCUAUUCAUCGUUCCAGAGGGCUGCCUAAAGAUGGGAAGCAUGGAAAAUUCUGGAUUUCUGGCGGCCUUCCUGGCUUUUGGCCUAGUCCUUGCUGUGGUCUUGGUUUGGCAUCUCCUGGGAACGUCUCCGGAGCUUCCCUCAAAGCAAACUGAGGACAGGCGGCAGUCUGUGAGCCGCCAGCCAUCUUUCACCUAUUCCGAGUGGAUGGAGGAAAAAACUGAGGAUGACUUCUUGGAUCUGGACCCUGUCCCUGAGACACCAGUGUUCGACUGCUCAAUGGACAUCAAACCAGAGGCUGACCCCACCUCCUUGACAGUCAAAUCCGUGGGCCUACAAGAGAGGAGGGGCUCAAAUGUGUCCCUGACGCUGGACAUGUGCACUCCGGGGUGCUCUGAGGAGGGCUUUGGCUACAUCAUGUCCCCACGUGAGGAGUCAGCCCGUGAGUACCUGCUCAGUGCCUCCCGGGUCCUCCGAGCCGAGGAGCUGCAUGAGAAGGCAUUAGACCCAUUCCUACUGCAAGCGGAGUUCUUUGAAAUACCCAUGAACUUUGUGGAUCCAAAAGAGUAUGACAUUCCUGGCCUGGUGAGGAAGAAUCGCUACAAAACCAUCCUCCCCAACCCCCACAGCAGGGUAUGCCUUACCUCACCAGACCAAGAUGACCCCCUGAACUCAUACAUCAAUGCCAACUAUAUAAGGGGCUAUGGAGGGGAGGAGAAGGUGUACAUCGCCACCCAAGGACCCAUCGUGAACACCGUGAGUGACUUCUGGCGGAUGGUGUGGCAGGAGCACGCCCCCAUUAUCGUGAUGAUCACCAACAUUGAAGAAAUGAAUGAGAAAUGCACAGAGUACUGGCCAGAGGAGCAGGUUGUGUAUGACGGGGUCGAGAUCACAGUGAAGCAGGUCAUCCAGGCUGAUGACUACCGGCUUCGGCUCAUCACCCUGAGGAGUGGGACUGAGGAGCGUGGCCUAAGGCAUUACUGGUUCACUUCGUGGCCAGACCAGAAGACCCCUGAUCGAGCACCCCCCCUAUUGCAGCUGGUCCUGGAGGUGGAGGAGGCAGCCGGCUGGGAGGGGCAGAGCUUUGCUCCCAUCAUCGUUCACUGCAGUGCUGGGAUCGGGAGGACUGGCUGCUUCAUCGCCACCAGCAUCUGCUGCAAGCAGCUGCAAAGGGAGGGCGUGGUGGACAUCCUGAAGACAACCUGUCAGCUCCGGCAAGACAGGGGCGGGAUGAUCCAGACCUGUGAGCAGUACCAGUUUGUGCACCACGUCAUGAGCCUGUAUGAGAAGCAGCUUUCUUCCCAAGCCAAGGAGUGACCGUCACUCCUUGGGCCGGAUAGCACAGCCCUGGCCUGAGACCUGCCUAGCCUGGGGAGAGUCCAGCCAGGGCCCAGGGACCGGCCAAGGCCUAGGAGCAUCCUAAGCUCCUCCUUCAGCUUUGUUUUGUGCUUCGCUUCAUCUGCUCUGUCUGCACCAGCCGUGAGAACCCCUUCCAACUGCAGCUCUCUCUACUGUAAAUACCAGAACAGGGGGUCCUGGGGCCAGGCGCAAUCAGGCAGCCGGCCCAGCCCCUACCCCGCACCCCUGCUGAGCCCUGCCCUAGCUCUGGCUUACCCAGCUUACCCCCCCAGACCCAUUUUUUUACUUGAUCCAAAUACUGUAUGUGCUGGGCUCCAUGUAUCCCACUGUCUGUCCAUCUGUUUCUAAUGUUUUAACCGGACACUGUGUCUCCUCUGCCUGGGCUAGGAGCCCACUCUGGGGAGCAUCCCAUUCCGGGGAGGGAGGGGGAGCCUUGGAACCCGGCUUACAAAUGGGAGCCAGGUAAGGAGUGAACUCAGGGGGGCCUAAAGAGUCUGGGAGAGAAAGGAUGGGGCCAGACUCUGCCCCCUGGCCAGAACUUCUGCCUGCUCCUCCUGCCCACAGCCUUAGGCGGCCCCCUCCCUGCCUUAGGCUUUCCCUUCAACCACAGGUUACCCCCUCCUCCCCUCCCCUAAUUCUAGGCUGGCUCCCCCCAACAAUCCCCAAUGCCAGCCUUAAACUUCAUCUACCACCUACCCCCAGCCUUGGGCUGCCCAGCCCACUCUUCCCUUACCCCACCCCCAACCUGAGGAUGUCCUUUUCCCCAAUCCUGGUGUAGCCAACACCCCUACAUUAGUCUUAAACAUUCCCCUCCCCCAUCCAUAAAUUGCCCCCUUCUCCCAUUUCCCAACCUUAGGCUCCCCCUUCCCCGGUAAUAAGUUGCUCCUUACUCACCCGCCUCCUAAGGCUUCCCUUACCCACUACCCCUACCCCCAGGCUGCCUCUGCGGAAGAACAAUCACAAAUUUUAAUUUACUCCCCAACACCCAGAGAAGGGGCACUUCCUACUAGGCAGUUCCAUCUCCUAGAGGAGAGGGAAGAAUGGGAGGGAGAAGCAGUGCUUUUGGGCACAAGGACUCCCCCUAGGAAGAACUGAUGCCCCUGGGGCCUAGUGGGGAGGGCUGGUGGGGAGGGGAAGGGCAAGGGCUAGCCCCAGUUCUGUGCAGAGUAUUUUUCUGUGUCACUGUGGGGAAAUUCUUCCCAAAUCGUGUAUCCGUGGGUAUGUCCCAUGUCUGUGAGUGCGUAGAGAACGCAUCAGCGGGGUGUGCAUGAUUUUGGCAAUAUGUGUUAUCUUGGAGCCACGUGGUUUUAUAGCUGACUUUAAGUAUUUAAUCUAUGGCAGACAGAGGCGUCUUUUUAUAACUCUGCUCGUGGUCACUGAAUAGAGCAAUAAACAUGGCAUUUUGAGCAAAA